CCACACCAUCCUGCGUCCUUCACCAUUUUCUGGUGCGAGCUCCUUCCGCCCAUCCCCCUCUUUCCUCUCACACACUCCUUCCACCUCCACCUAACCACCUCUUAUCCUCAACCACUCCCCUUUCUUUCCCUCAGGGUGCAGCCACGUCAUGCUUCCUUGCAGCGCACCCCUCAGUGGCGGGUGCGAGUGGGGGCUACUACGCAGACUCGCGGGCAGCAGAGGGCAAGGCCACAGCGCUGAGCAAGGACAUGGAGCUGGCUGGGAAGCUGUGGGAGCUCAGUGAGCAGGUGGCCAGCAAGCAGUGA